GCUUAAUUCCACUUGUGUGCAGACGUUCCAAAAAUGGCAGCAGUCAGUCAGGAAGUUUGGUUCUACAGUAGAAACUCCACCAUAGCUGCUUCUAUAGACAUAUGCGUCCAGGCACGCAGAAAGAAAGACAGAAAACGAGAGUGAGCGGCAGUCCAGUCUUUCAGGUCUAUUGUGUCUUCCUGGGCGCGGUCUUCCUCUUGGCGCAGGACAGGGCAAGGUGCGCUGUUUUUUUCUUUUUUUUUUCUUUCCCUCACUCGGCACAAACUCCCGUCCGCCUCUCCAUUUUCAGAUCGUCCGGACGCAGGUCAACAUGUCGACUUUGGACGCGCUGAAAAGUGUCACGGCGCUGGUAAACGUGGACGACACGUCGCUGGCUCUGCCGUCCCGCCACAAGCAGCUGACGGGGGAGCAGCGGGUCCGGGAGCAAGUGCUGACGGUCAGGAGGACCAAGUCCAGGCUCCUCAGCAGCAGCAGCAGGAGCGGAUCUGCGCCUCUGUCCCCAACCAGCCCUUUGGAUGACUCUGUGUUUGUGGAUUCUGCAAAGUCGAUUUCGUUCAAUGGAAGCCUCUUUUAUGGCAAUGGAUACUCAAAAAGUCACAUGUUUGAGAAAAACAUUAACAGACAGAUAGCCAACAGUGCCAAAGUGUCCGCUGCCAAAAAAUAUGCGUCUGCCUAUCACCAUGAGAGACGCUAUGGCCCUGGGGAUGUCCCACCAGUGGGGCAGAGAAACACCAGUCGCAGCGAGCCGGAUCUGGUCUGCCGGCGCUCCGUGGUACAACCCACUGUCCCGCCACAGAGAAACGUCUCCAAAACCAGCAACUACUUGGCACAGAGGAGCACCAGUCAGUAUAUCACUGGCUCCAUCCCACAUCCUCAGCCUCUGCAUCUUGCAAACGGCUCUGCUAAGACCAAAAUGAAUGGCCAGUUCAUUUACAGUAAGACUAACGUCAACAGAACACAGUCAAGACCUUCUGUGAUCGAAUCUACGUCCAAGAGCAAAGGACACUCUGGGAUGAAUGGAAACAGUGGCAUCGCAGAUAUUACCAUGAAGGAGGCUGUUGAGUUUCUCAGCAGUGAGAAUGAGCAUUAUCAGUACUGCGGCACUUCCUACAUCCAGCACAGAACCUAUACUGAUGACAACGCUAAAGAGGAGGUUUUACACUUGAGGGGCAUCCCGGCGCUAGUAGCUCUGAUGUGCAGCUCCAGCGCCAGAGUAAGUCUGACGGCCUCUGCGGCGCUGCGUAACUUGUCUUUUAAAAGUGACAGUAAUAAGGAGGAGAUCCAUCGCUGCGGAGGCAUCACAAAGGCUGUGGAGCAGCUCAAAGCGUCAGACUCUGUUGACCUGCACAAACAGCUAACAGGCCUUUUGUGGAAUUUGUCCUCAUCAGACAACCUGAGACCUGAGCUGCUGAAAAGUGCUCUCCCUGUCUUGAUGGAACGUGUCAUCUCGCCUGACACAGCCAACCACACCAAAAGCUCAGAACGGGACUCCGAUGUCUUUUAUCACGCUACAGGAUGUCUUCGAAACCUCAGCAGUGCUCGGGGAAACAGCCGACAUUCCAUGAGGACACAACCCCAAUUGAUCAAUUCUUUAGUCAGUUACAUUAAAAAAUGCGUGUCUGCAGAAAGACCUAAUGAUCUGUCUGUGGAAAACUGUGUGGGCGUGCUGCAUAAUUUGACGUUCAAUUUGGAAAAAGAGGCUCCAGGUUUGUUCAGUAGGAUGUUAACCUUGGCCAACACCCCGACCCCGAAGGACAACACCAGCAUUAUGAGCUGCUUUAGUUCACCAAACAAAGGGCCCGAGCUUGAGCCUUGUUUUGACUACCCAGUUGUCGAGGAAUCACAGGCUAGCGGGGCUGGCUGGUUGAUUCACUCCACAACGCUGUCAAGUUACCUGUCUCUGCUUAAAACAAGUCAGCGAGAAGAAACACAGGAAGCGUGCUGUGGAGCAAUGCGGAAUCUGACCGCACAAGAAGGCACCGUCUCCAAUGUUGUAAGUCACAUUAUUGUGAAGAAACUGGAUGGCAUGAAGAUCCUCAGCCCCCUUGUGAGGUCAAGCAAAGUAAAUUUGCAGAAGAACAUUCUGACUUUGAUAAACUACAUGAUGAAAAACCCAGACUUGAAAAGUACCAUUGGUGUCAAAGCCCUGCCAGAACUGCUGGAUCUCAUCGGACAAGGUCCCAGCGGAGCACAUGAUUCUGAUGACAACUUAGCAUUGGCUUGUCAGACUGCCGGCUGCCUGAUCACAAAGGAACCCAAGAUGUCCAAGAAGUAUUUGAAAGACAAACUCAUAAAAUCACUGACUGGCUUAAGCAAUAACCAAUUUAUGCCAAAGUCCAAAAAAGCUGCAAGUAUUCUUCUCUACAUAAUCUGGUCAGAUAAAGAUUUGCAAAGCUUCCUGAAAAAGGAAGGGAUGACCAAGUCCACUUUUGUCAAUGACAUCACCAUGGAGGCUUACAGAUCAGCCCAAAUUGUUGAUUAAGAAUCUGCAAAGAGUCGCUCGCCUGCACAUCAGAAACCUAAGUGGCUCCCUUUCUCAUUUCAGAAGGACAGUUGACAUAUUUACCUUUGUGCUCUGUACAAUGCAUUCAUGGAUCAGGGCUUGUAAAUCUCUGUACAAAUGUGAGAUUUUGUUUUCUUUGUAGAUACAAUGGUGAAGGUACUUCGAGACGUGGCAGCAAUGGAGUUUCUUACUGGUUUGUCAUUUGUAUUCGUGUGUAUCUUUUCAUAGGUAGUUUAUGUUUCAUCUCAGUCAAACCUAUGGAUUGUAUUUUGCACUGAAACUUUUGUUUAAUAUUGUCAAUGAGGAUUCAUGUAACAUGUACUUGGAGAGCUGAAACUCCACCUUCAGAUGUGUAAGCCUACGAAGGAAUAUUUUACAUGCUUGUGUCUGGUUAACUACACGAUCUUGAAAUAAUCUUUUUCUUCCAAUAAACAUGAAAGAAAUUUGCAGAACAGUCCCUUGUCUCAGUCUGUCGUAAAGCAUUAACAUGUUAUUACCGUACUUUAUUUCACAUUUUUCCAAGUUUGGAUGUAAACUUAAAGAGGUUGUGUGGUUUUUCUAAUUCUUUGAUUUACCCCGAUAGAGUCUCUGUGUGAUGCAUGAAUAUCAGUACUCAGACACUGCAACUGCUGCUCUUACUCACUGUGUUUGUAAUGGUUGAUCAGAUAAGAGCGUUUAUAACCUCUUAAUCCAACAGCAGCUCAGUGGAAAUUUCAGACUCAUGGGUAAUAUUUAACUUGAUGAAGCCUUCGGAACAACCAACUCUGUUUGUAUUUAAAAUUUUAGCUGAAAGAUGUG